AUGUUUUCCGUAUCAAUUAUCUUUCUAACUAUUCUCAUUCCUUCAAUACAAUCAUCUAAACCAACAUUAAAAUUAACAUUUACUCCCGAUGAAAAAUAUUAUACAGAGGGUCAUGUGGUUGAAGUUCUCUGUGAAUUACUUAAUCCAAAUGAUCAUACAGAAUCACCACAAUUAUGGCAUAUUGAUAUAAAAAGUGGUAAACGUACACCAAUAUCAAGAACAUUAUUAAAUGCACCACCAGAUGAUUCAUUGGAUAUAUUUAAACAAAAUAAAAAUAAACGUUUAGAAUAUGUUAAAAAAAAUCAUUUACGUAUACGACAAAUUUUAUUUGAAGAUACAUCUCGAUAUGAAUGUACUUGUCCUGAUUGUGAAGAACAAUUAGAAAAGAAAACAAAAGACCUUACCGUUAUGAAAUUAGUAGAUCCAAAAUGGCAUAUUGAUCCUGGAUGGCCAAUACAAGAAAAUGCUAAAACAACAUUAAAAUGUACAGCUGAUGAUUUUUAUCCAUAUGUUAGUCAUCAAAUUCUUCGCAAUCAUCAUAAAAUUGAGGGUGACGGUAAAGCUGUAAUACCGAAUAGUAAUACAAUUCCACAAAAAUUUUCUUGGGAAGCAACUGUUACACCAACACAUGAAUGGCAUAAUACAACAUUAAAAUGUACAAUUAUUCAAGGUAAUCAUGAAAAACAUGCAAUCAAAAUUCUUGAGGUUAUAUUUACUCCACGUUUUAUUAAAUGUGAUGAAAAACAACAUGUUAAUUCCACGAAAGACAAAGCAAUAAUUGAAUGUUCUUAUGCAGGAAAUCCUCAACCAAAAUUAUUAUGGCUUCGACAAACUGAUGAAAAACCUGUAACAUCAGAUGCAGGUGUUUCUAUUGAAGUAAAAGAUGAACAUCAUGGUAAAUAUAAAAGUAUUGUUACAUUUGAUCGUGACAAGUUACUCACCAUACCAUUAACAACAACAACAAAAGCACCUAAUGCACCAGCAGAUACAACGCCAGCGACAAAAAUUCUUGGUGAUAAUUAUUAUCAAAUAUUAUUAAAUGGUGGUUUUAUUGCAAGAUUAACAAAUAAUAAUAAUGAAGUUAAAGAAUCUCGAAAAAUAAGCAUUGUGAGUGAUGCAAAUCAGGCACGAACAAAUCCACUAGAUGGUUCAUCGAGAGCAACAAUACAAAAAUUUUCAACAUCUAUUAUCUUAUUUUCAUUUUUAAUUAUUCUUUAUAUGGUACAACGUCAUUAA